AGCUGCAAGUCCCACCCUUUUACUGCAGUUCUUCCAGCUGCCCGCAGCAGGAAAAAAACCAUCUUCCCUAUUUUCUUUCCUUCCCUUUCUCUCUCUACAUUUCUCUCUUAUCACCCACAGAAUUAUCUCACGCGCCGCCACCCACCGGCGGCCUCUGCCACCCUCCGUCGGAUCUCCGACUAUUUAUCCCUCCACUCCCUUCCCUCUCCUCCCUAUAAAAUAAACCAAAAAAGCAACAAAAAAAAGAUUGAGUUUUUCCUUUUCCUCAGCGGUUUUUUAUCGAGCAGUUGGUGAGCGUUUAGUAGUUAGUGUCUUUGUUGGCUUAUUUUAUCUUCCUCGGAUUUUCUGGUGCUGAAAUAACAAAGAGGAGAGGGAAGAUUAUCGGAAAACGAAAGAAAAAAUUCAAAAAUUUUGAAAAGAAAAAAAAAUUAGGCUUUUCUGUUGAAGAUGGCGCAAGUUCAGGUUCAGGCUCAGAAUGCGAACGCAGCAGCGGCGGCGGCGGCUGCGGCGAACGGUGGUGCGGCCAACCAGUUCGUGACGACGUCGCUUUAUGUUGGGGAUCUUGACCAGAACGUUACGGAUUCGCAGCUCUACGACCUGUUUAACCAGCUGGGUCAGGUGGUUUCGGUUAGGGUUUGCAGGGACUUGUCCACCCGGAGGUCGCUUGGCUAUGGCUAUGUCAAUUAUAGCAACCCACAAGAUGCUGCUAGGGCAUUGGAUGUGUUGAACUUCAGUCCCGUGAAUGGAAGGCCCAUUAGGAUUAUGUACUCUCAUCGUGAUCCUAGUAUCCGCAAAAGUGGGGCUGGAAAUAUAUUUAUUAAGAAUUUGGACAAAGCUAUUGAUCACAAAGCCUUGCAUGAUACCUUUUCUGCAUUUGGAAACAUCCUUUCUUGCAAGGUGGCUACAGACCCCUCUGGCCAGUCAAAAGGCUAUGGCUUUGUACAAUUCGACAAUGAUGAAGCUGCCCAAAAAGCUAUAGAGAAGUUGAAUGGUAUGCUUUUAAAUGAUAAGCAAGUUUAUGUAGGGCCUUUCCUCCGCAAGCAGGAAAGGGACGGUGUUUCUGACAAGUCAAGAUUCAACAAUGUUUUUGUAAAGAAUCUAUCAGAAUCAACUACUGAGGAAGACUUGGACAAAAUUUUUGCUAAAUUUGGAAAAAUCACUAGCGUAGUGGUGAUGCGGGAUGCAGAUGGAAAAUCAAAGUGCUUUGGGUUUGUCAAUUUUGAAAACACUGAUGAUGCUGCUAGAGCUGUUGAGGAUCUAAAUGGAAAGAAAUUUGAUGAUAAGGAGUGGUAUGUUGGGAAGGCCCAGAAGAAAUCUGAAAGGGAAAAUGAAUUGAAACAACGAUUUGAACAGAGCAUGAAAGAGGCAGCAGACAAGUAUCAAGGGGCAAACUUGUAUGUUAAAAAUUUAGACGAUACCAUAGGUGAUGAGAAACUUAAGGAACUGUUCGCUCCAUUUGGGACUAUUACCUCAUGCAAGGUCAUGCGAGACCCUAGUGGAAUAAGUAGGGGAUCAGGUUUUGUUGCAUUCUCAACUCCUGAAGAGGCAAAUAGAGCUCUCUUGGAAAUGAACGGCAAAAUGAUUGUAAGCAAACCUCUCUAUGUUGCACUUGCACAACGAAAAGAAGAUAGAAGAGCAAGGUUGCAGGCCCAGUUUUCUCAAAUGCGGCCAGUUGCAAUGGCACCUUCAGUUGCUCCUCGUAUGCCAAUGUACCCUCCUGGUGGUCCAGGUCUUGGACAACAAAUAUUCUAUGGUCAAGGUCCACCUGCUAUCAUUCCUUCCCAGCCUGGAUUUGGGUAUCAGCAGCAGCUUGUUCCUGGUAUGAGGCCUGGUGGGGCUCCCAUGCCAAAUUUCUUUGUGCCAAUGGUUCAGCAGGGGCAGCAAGGGCAGCGCCCUGGUGGCAGACGUGGAGGCUCUGUUCAGCAAAACCAGCAACCAGUUCCUAUAAUGCAACAGCAGAUGCUUCCAAGGGGGCGUGUCUACCGUUACCCAUCUGGUCGUGGUUUACCUGAUGUUCCCAUGCCUGGUGUUGCUGGAGGCAUGUUUUCUGUUCCAUAUGACAUGGGUGGCAUGCCAAUGCGUGAUGCAGCACUGUCUCAACCAAUUCCAAUAGGGGCUUUGGCUACUGCUCUUGCAAAUGCUACACCGGAGCAGCAAAGAACGAUGCUGGGUGAGAGUCUUUACCCACUCGUGGAACAGCUGGAACCUGAGAAUGCAGCCAAGGUUACAGGCAUGCUUCUGGAGAUGGAUCAGACUGAGGUUCUGCAUUUGCUGGAGUCACCUGAAGCUCUGAAAGCAAAGGUAGCUGAGGCUAUGGAAGUUCUGAGGAAUGUUGCUCAGCAGCAGCAAGCUGGCAAUGCAGCUGAUCAACUUGCCUCAUUGUCACUCAAUGAAAACCUGGUGUCUUGAGAGUGUUUUCUUUCGCAUGAUGGAUUGAUACUCAAGUAGGUGUGUGGUUUUUAGUGUUUGAGAAGAGUUUCUUGCGUAGCUACUAGAAACUGGUUUUUGUCUGUUCCAUGAGCUUUUGGAGUUUAUGUUGAGAUUGUGACGUUUAUGCAUAAAUAUUUCUAUGCACAUCUGUUGCUUUCCUUA